UCUACUGUCUUUACAAUGUCUGAAAUCAGAUUUAGCAAUCUCAUUUGGGAUCAAGUUAUAACACUGAAUCAAGUGUUAGAUGAAGUAAUUCCAAUUCACGGAAGGGGGAAUUUCCCCACACUGGAGGUAAAACCAAAAUAUAUCAUUCAAGUUGUGAAAAAUCAAUUGAUAAAGCAAGGGAUUAUUGUUAAAGAUACCCGACUGAAUGGAUCCACAGCAAGUUAUAUACUUGCAAGCCACAGUGGAAUCAGCUAUAAGGAUUUAGAUGUUAUUUUUGGUGUUGAACUACCAAGCGAUCAGGAAUUUCAAGUUGUUAAAGAUGCAGUUCUUGGCUGUCUGCUUGACUUUUUACCAAAAGGUGUAAAAAAGGAAAAGAUCACCCUAAAGACCAUGAAAGAGGCUUAUGUGCAAAAGAUGGUCAAAGUCUGCAAUAAGCAUGAUCGUUGGAGUCUCAUUUCUCUUUCAAACAACACUGGAAAGAAUGUAGAGCUAAAAUUUGUGAAUUCGCUCAGACGACAAUUUGAAUUUAGUGUUGAUUCCUUUCAAAUUGUUUUGGAU